AUGCAUGCAAUCAGUCGUGCAAGUAAACUCGGCCUGCGUGCACGCCCACCGCACCGCGCUCUUCUCGUUCCAGGCUCCCAUCAGGCAGCCGUCCAGGCCGUCAGAUGCUGGGCUCCUGUCAGGGGACUUCAGUCGGUCGCUCAGACGGACAGAGACACCAUCACCCGUCUCCUCUAUUCAAUCGGUACAAAGCGCGAGGUCGAACGGUACCUCAGGAUAUUCUCCUCCUCUUCCGAUGCAUCCCACCCCGCUAAAUUUGCGGUCAUCAAAAUUGGGGGCGCCGUUCUCGAUCAGCUCGACGAGCUCGCACUCAGUCUCAGCUUCCUCUACCGCGUCGGCCUCUAUCCCGUCAUCCUGCAUGGUGCUGGACCCCAACUCAAUGAAAUUAUUGAAAGCGCAGGGAUUGUACCAGACUACAUCGAUGGUAUCAGGGUCACAGACGCGAAGACUUUGCAGAUCGCCCGUAAAGUAUUCCUGGAGGAGAACCUAAAGCUGGUAGGUGCCCUGGAAAAGCUCGGCACUCGCGCCCGCCCUAUCACUUCUGGCGUUUUCACCGCCGACUACCUAGACAAGGAGAAGUACGGUCUGGUCGGAAAGAUCACACGCGUCGACAAGCGUCCACUUGAAGCCUCCAUCAGAGCAGGCGCUCUGCCUAUCCUCACUAGCUUAGCCGAGUCUGAUGCGGGCCAGAUCCUUAACGUGAACGCGGACGUCGCGGCGGGUGAGCUCGCAAAGGAGCUCGAGCCUCUCAAGAUCGUCUUCCUGAACGAUAAGGGUGGGUUGUUCCAUGGCGUUACGGGAGAGAAGUUGGAUGUGAUCAACCUAGACGAGGAGUACGAUGAGCUCAUGAAGGAACCGUGGGUGAAGUUUGGCACCAAGCUCAAACUCCGGGAGUUUAAGCAGCUGCUGGACCACCUCCCUCGCUCGUCUUCUGUCGCCAUCAUCUCUGCAGACUCUCUGCAGCGCGAGCUGUUCACUGACAGUGGAGCUGGUACCCUAAUUCGCCGCGGGUACAAGCUCUUCAGUCAUGACGCCGUUGACUCUGUUGGCGCCGACCGUCUCCGCCAAGUGAUCAACGAUCGCGAUCCCGGCGUGCUGUCCGGCGACGACAGUGUCGCUGGUAUUCUGAGCGACCUGAAGAAGACGCCAUACACCAUCUACGGAGACGAGCCGCUCGACGUCGUCGCGAUCGUAUCUCGUCCAGCCGGCGAGACGCCCGUCAUGACCAAGCUGCUCGCAUCACGCAGUGGCGUCAUGAACGGCAUCGUCGACAACGUCUUUCACGCAAUCAAGAAGGACCACCGGCGACUCUUCUGGACCGCCCGCGCCGACGACGAGAAUCGGUCGUGGCAUUUCGAGCGCGCCGACGGGAGCUUCACGCGUGCGGGCAAAAGUCUUUUCUGGUAUGGCGUGCACGACAUUGCGGAGGUGGAACGUAUCGUGAAGGGCUUCGAGGAGAGGGGCAGGAUCGGCAGGACCUACCUCCCCGUCGGGCCCUCCGCCCCUCCACACCGCGCCGGCGAUGCUCCAAGUGGUGUUCGAUCAUUCUCUACAAUGGCGAGGCGGCGGCACACUCCCGGUGCCCAGAGAGGCUAUGCCACCGCUGCUACUCCUGUAUCGACCGAACCGAAGCGCCUCGCGCUUGUCGGCGCACGCGGCUUUACCGGGCAGGCGUUGACCACACUGCUGUCCAACCACCCCUACCUGGACCUGACCCACGUGUCGUCGCGGCAGCUCGCGGGGUUUCCACUCACCAGCUACACCAAGGCGCCCGUCACGUACUCAGACCUGUCACUGGCGGACGUGGAGCUGAUGGAGAAGGACGGCGAAGUGGACGCUUGGGUUAUGGCGCUGCCGAACGGCGUGUGCAAGCCCUUCGUGGAUGCCGUCGACCGCGGUUCGCAGAUGCGCACGAACGGCAUGCGGAGUGUGGUGGUGGAUUUGAGUGCAGACCACAGGUUCGAGGGUGGGUGGACAUACGGGCUCCCGGAGCUGUACUCGCGCAGUGCAAUUCGGAGCGCGAAGCGCAUUUCGAACCCAGGAUGCUAUGCGACGUCGUCCCAGAUGCUCGUCGCGCCCUUGCUGCCGUACCUCAAGGUGGAUGCGUGGCCGACCGUGUUCGGCGUGUCGGGCUACAGCGGCGCGGGCACCGUGGCGGGCCCAAAUGACGCGGACGGCCGCCCCACUACCAUCGCGAAGGUGACACCGGAGAGCCUAAUGGGUGGUAUGCGCGCGUACGCGCUGACGGACCACAUCCAUGAGCGCGAGGCCGGGCGGCAUCUCACUCGCCUGCUUGCGAGCCCAGCGAUCCCAGUGAAGGUCGCGUUCAUCCCGUCCAUCGCGCCGUGGUUCAGCGGGAUCCUCUCCGUACUGUCGAUGCCGCUCAGCGAGAGGGUGUCUGCGCGCGACGUGCGGGCGCUGUAUGAGCAGAAGUACAGUGGAGAGAAGCUUGUGAGGAUCAAGAGUGAGGUGCCGGUCCUGCAGGAUGUAGAGAACCAGCACGGGUGGGCUGUCGGUGGGUUCCAGGUGCAUAGCGAGGGUGACCGUGCUGUCGUGGUGGGUGGCCUGGAUAACUUACUGAAGGGUGCAGCUACACAAUGUCUGCAGAACUUGAAUCUGGCACUGGGGUAUGACGAGUACGCUGGAAUUCCGGUCGUGUGA